AUGGUGGAGAAUGGGGCAGUCAGUGUAGCUGCUGCUGGACAGCCAAGCCGAGUGCCAGGGACUAGCGCUCUGUCGAGGCUGAUGACCGUGCGCCUGGACAGAGAGAGUAUCUGCGAGCUGAGCGGUUUGCAAUGCUUGGGGCCGCCUUUGCACAGUCUCUACCUACAACAGAAUGUAAUUCAGAAGAUAGAGAAUAUUGAAUUCCUUCACAACUUGAGGUUUUUGACGCUGGCUGCCAACAAGAUCCAGAAGGUUGAAAACCUGCAGCGCUUGUGUAGCCUUGGAUUCCUGGACCUGUCGGAUAAUCGGAUUCAGGAGCUUGACCCAGGUGAAUUCCCAGCAAGUCUGGUCAUUCUGAAACUCACGGGAAACGACUGCACAAAGCGAGAGGGAUAUCAGGAGCUGGUGACAAAGGCUCUCCCUGGCCUCCGCCGGCUCGAUGGCCAUUUCAUAGACAACAACCAAGACAUGUACAGUGUCUGUGAGGAGGAAGGGGAGGGGGAGGAAGACGAGGGGGAGGAGUUGGCCAGUGGAGAGGAAGACCAGACUGAGGAUCAGGAAGACGAUUUGCUGCUGGAAUUCCCGUAUUCGUCACAGUCCAUAAAAGGUUUCUUUGCAGAGCUCCACAGGCGGCUGAUGGAUCGCUCCCGGCAGAGGAAGCUGGAAGCCGCAAAGGAGCAUCAGCGGCGACUGCAACAGGUGCUGAAGGUUCACCAGGAAACCACAAGGAAGCUACGAGAGACUGGCUCCUGGCACAAGGUGUCCAGGGACGACAGGAAUCAGCCCAGCCUCGAGGGGAGCCAGCACAGGCCCGAACGGAGCCAGCCCAGCCCAGAGGAGAGGAGCCAGCCCAGCCCCGAGGGGAGCCAGCCCAGCCCAUCCCCGAGGGGAGCCAGCCCAGCCCAUCCCCGAGGGGAGCCAGCCCAGCCCAUCCCCGAGGGGAGCCAGCCCAAUCCAGCCCAUCCCCGAGGGGAGCCAGCCCAGAGGGGAGUCAACCCAGCCCAUCCCCGAGGGGAGCCAGCCCAGCCCCGAGGGGAGCCAGCCCAGCCCAGCCCGAGGGAGACCAGCCCAGCCCAGAGGGGAGCCAGCCCAGCCGGGAGCCAGCCCAGAGGGGAGCCAGCCCAGCCCAUCCCCGAGGGGAGCCAGCCCAGCCCAUCCCCGAGGGGAGCCAGCCCAGCCCCGAGGGGAGCCAGCCCAGCCCCGAGGGGAGCCAGCCCAGCCCAGCCUCGAGGGGAGCCAGCCCAGCCCAGCCUCGAGGGGAGCCAGUCCAGGAAGCGUUGGGAACACUCAGCAGUUACACAGCACCCUUCUCAUAGGGCAACCUCUUGGAACACCUUACAGACGGGAUCAGGCACCAAGCAAGAGAGAAGGGGGAAGGAGACCAUGGGCACUGUCAAACGGGCGUUUGAGACGCCUCAUUUGCCCCUGGGCUAUGGUGGCGAGGGCUGGCUGGUUGUCCGUACAGCUCGGCUGAUCACUGGGUAA